AUAAAUUUGUACCAAAUAAGGUUUUUUUCCUUUCUUUGUACCGGCAAGCUCAAGCAAUCCAAGCAAGAACUCAACCAUGGCGGCUCGAAUGUUGCAGAGACGCUUAGGCUCACUCCUCCGCAGUCAGCAGCCUAACGCCCAUCUCUUCAAAGAUCAAUUUGUUCCUUCAGCAAGUUCCAUACUCAGAAGAUACGGAUUCGACAAAAGAGAGAUUCAGACGCAAACAAAUCCAACAAAUCCGGCUAACGAGGGUUUGGUGAAUCUUGAAUAUAGCCGUUUGAAGCCUAAGAUUGACGCAAAUGCUAUCAACAGUUCCGAUGCCAAAUUUGCCGAUGCUUCCACCCAGAAAAUAUCCCCAAGGCAUGACCUUGCCAUGCUUUUUACUUGCAAAGUCUGUGAAACAAGAUCUAUGAAGACGUGCAGCAGAGAAUCAUACGAGCAAGGUGUGGUGGUAGCUCGCUGUGGCGGGUGUAACAAUCUCCACCUGAUUGCUGAUCAUCUCGGGUAUUUCGGACAACCAUCCAGCAUUGAGCAAUUUCUGGCUGCCCGCGGGGAAGAGGUGAAGAAAGGUUCCGCUGAUACGCUGAAUCUGACUCUUGAAGAUAUAGCCGGAAAGAAACCUGGUGAAGGGGCUGAACUUAAGCAAUUGGAAUAGUGUCAGAGCCUUCGUGUCAUGUAGAUUAGAGUUUUCUUAAGAUAAAUGUGUCAAUUUUGGGAGUUUUAACGAAACAAUUAUUCACUUUUAACGAAAAUGACAUUUUUACUUUAAAAAGUCACUCCUGUUAUUAUUCACUUGCAA